AUGUUGGCCGUGUUGCGCCUCACCGCCGCUGCGUCUCAAGCUACGCAGCGCCCCACGCUGCGUCUCAAACCGACGCUGCGUCUCAAGCUAAGCGCGCCCCACGCUGCGUCUCAAGACGCCGCUGCGUCCCUAACGCCGCAGUUGCGCCUCACCGCCGCUGCGUCUCAAGCUACGCCGCGCCCCACGCUGCGUCUCAAACCGACGCUGCGUCUCAAGCUACGCCGCGCCCCACGCUGCGUCUCAAGACGCCGCUGCGUCCCUAACGCCGCAGUUGCGCCUCACCGCCGCUGCGUCUCCAGCUACGCCGCGCCCCACGCUGCGUCUCAAACCGACGCUGCGUCUCAAACUACGCCGCGCCCCACGCUGCCUACGCCGCGCCCCACGCUGCGUCUCAAACCGACGCUGCGUCUCAAGCUACGCCGCGCCCCACGCUGCGUCUCAAGACGCCGCUGCGUCCCUAACGCCGCAGUCGCGCCUCAACGCCGCUGCGUCUCAAGCUACGCCGCGCCCCACGCUGCGUCUCAAGACGCCGCUGCGUCCCUAACGCCGCAGUCGCGCCUCAACGCCGCUGCGUCUCAAGCUACGCAGCGCCCCACGCUGCGUCUCAAACCGACGCUGCGUCUCAAGCUACGCGCGCCCCACGCUGCGUCUCAAGACGCCGCUGCGUCCCUAACGCCGCAGUUGCGCCUCACCGCCGCUGCGUCUCAAGCUACGCAGCGCCCCACGCUGCGUCUCAAACCGACGCUGCGUCUCAAGCUACGUCGAGACCCGCUCGGACCAUCCGACCGCGACUUUGACCGCAUAGCUAGACACAUAACCCGCUUUGACCCCCGGCCCGGCAUACCUACAAACACCCGGUCAUACCUCCGCGUCGUCGAAUUCCACGCCGACCGCAUACCACACGCAUCUCAAGAUGGCAAAAUAUUCUUGAUUAGACUCACGUCCAAUGGAGAGGUGAAUGACUUCAUCGAAAGGCAACCAAAGGCUAUAAAACACGACUACAACGAGCUCUGCAAAGCCAUCCUAGCAGAAUACUCAGACUACGGCGCCUCCGGGACCCUCACGGCAGCCAUGGCAGUCAAACAAGCUCACAACGAGCUUGCGGAAUGCUACUACCACAGGUUGCGACAGGCCUUCUUCGGCAACCGAAACUACGAAGGGAUGGAGGAAGACACGAAUUUCAGGGCCCUGUACCUCCAAAACCUCCACCCCAACCUUAGCCAGCUACUGGGCGUGUACGCCUGCCCCCUUACACAGGACAUACGGCAACUGAAGACCCUGGUAGCACGAACACAAGGCAAACACCUGCUCAAGACACAGGCGAAGCCGCAAACCCAACCUACAGUGUACAGUGUGGAAAACCACAUGGAACUUGAGGGCGCACCAACGGCCCGGAAACACAAAUGGGGAACCGACCACGGACCCCAAAGGAAUAACCAGAAACACGCGGACCCGAAGAACGGACAGCCACGCGACCAGCACCUCCCGCAAUAUGGCGAGAGACGCGCCGGCCAGGCCGACGGGAAAGACUGCGCGCCACAACGGUCCCACCAAGACCGCACUGCUACAACCAUUAAUAAGAGCAACCUUUCAAGGGGGGAACAAUCCCUCCUCCGCACGCUCCUGCGCAAAGCCAGAGAGAAGAAGACAGACAACGCCGACGUGUUCGCAGUGUCCGUGUCGGAUGACACCGAGAACGCUCCCUACCACAUGGACUGGGCUGUUAGGUUACCACUGUAA